AUGGUGACAUCCAGAUCCUGUUCCCUGUGUCCACAGGUGAUGGAGACCUGCCAGGUGUCCAGGAGCCCCCGAGAGCGGCUGCUGCUGCUUUUGCUGCUGCUACUGCUUGUGCCCUGGGGCCCUGGCCCUGCUUCCGGUGUUGCACUGCCCUUCGCUGGUGUGAGCCUCCGCGCCCCGAGCCGCGCCUGGGCGAACUUGGGUACUCCCCUGUCUCGGCGCAGCCUGGCGCUGGCGGACGACGCGGCGUUUCGGGAGCGCGCGCGCCUGCUGGCCGCCCUGGAGCGCCGCCGCUGGCUGGACUCGUACAUGCACAAGCUGUUACUACUGGACGCGCCCUGA